AUGAGCAUGAAGGCUCGCGAGCGCGCCUCAGUCUCCGGCAACAACGGCGAUUCCGACUACGAGGACAGCAUCUGGUCCAACUCGAAUGACGGCGCCUCCUCGAGUGUUGCGUCCGUGGAACCCUCUCCCUACGAAGUUCCCAGAUUCGAGAGCCAUUUCUACUAUGCCGGCCUUGGUCCCAAGGGCCGCGGUCCGAAGCUGAUCUACAGGACGUCCAACGAUAAAUUUGUCGAGCCCACAGGUCCUGAAGCCUAUGCGCGUUUAAUGAAGCUUUGUCCCGUCACCGAGGAUCACGAACUCGGCCAGGAUGGUCGUUGGGACCGUAUUCGUGAUCAGGUUGUCGAACUCCUCGACAAAGGAGGCGUUAAGCUCACUUCCGUCGACCUGGUUCAGUUCACGUGGCUUGACAAGAAGGACGACCAGGAGAUCCAGGAGGAAGAGGACGACGAUGACGAUGACGACUACACGCAGAACGACAACCUCACAUAUGACGACAUCCCACCCAUCAAGCCCGUCGAGUAUGGGGAAUGCCAUACCACCAGCCCUACGAUCUGGGUGGGCGUGUUGCCGGAUACCCUCACCGGCGCGGUUGCACAUGAGUCUGCCACCGAAAUCCUUGGACUCCUCAAGGAGCUCGGCAUCGCCGGUGUUGAUGUCGCUGAUCGUGAGUCAGUCGCCAGGUUCUUGCAUGGUCCAGAUCUCUUCGCCCCGGUCUCGGACCUGGACCCGCUCAAAGACGUUAUCGACAACCUCUCUACUCCACUUAGCCUGCCCAUUGCUGGUCGGAAGACAAAGAUGCAGGGAACGCUUGGUUGCUACUUCAGGGUCGGGGACGAUCUCUAUGCAGCCACCGCCCGCCACAGCGUGUUCCCACUCAACGGGGACUAUAAGGAGUACAACUAUGUUAAAUCCGCACCUAAGAAGGAGGUCAUCAUCAUGGGAAACCGCGCGUUCACCAACUACCUCACUUCGAUCCAGGCCAGUAUCGCUACCCUGAAUGAUACUGUUGACUCCUUGGAGAGGCGGACUAGGACGUUGACGAGGAGGGUGGAGGCUGGUGGCGACGACGCGCAGAAGUCGGCGGGCGAGCUCGCAGAGACUCAGGACCAGCUGACCAAGACAAUCACCAAGAUCGGUGCGCUGAAGGCUUUCUUUGUCGACGUAAAGAAGAGGUGGAGGAGGUCGAAGGACCGUGUCAUUGGCUACGUUGUCUGGGCACCUCCGAUCGGUGUCGGUGUCCCUCCCCACCGCUACACGAGGGACCUGUGCGUCAUAAAGCUCAAUAAGAAGAAGUUCCGGAAGUUCCGUGGAAACGUACUAAGCUUAGGGCCGGAGAUCUUCCCCGGCAAUUUCAAAGCCUUGAUGUACGAUCGCAUCAACGUGCCAGCCGAAUUCGAGUAUCCCGAGGAUGGUCUCCUUCCAGUCCAAGGCAUGCUUUCCACCGCGGACAUCACCAAUCCCAACAGCACGAAUCUCGAAGGGGAGCGCAUCCACCGCGUCAUCAAACGCGGUGGAUUCACCAUGAACCCUACCGUCGGUACCUUGUCCAGGUUCAUGUCUCAUGUUCGCAAGUACUUUGUCACGGGCAAUCUAGAUUCAGUCGAAGUAGCAAUCCUCCCCGUCGAUAACGAUUCUAAAGCGUUCUCCAGGGGUGGUGAUUCUGGAGCUCUCAUCGUCGACGCCCUCGGCCGAUCUGUUGCCUUGCUCACUGGUGGAACGAACAAGGGAACCGAUUCGUCGGAUAUUACUUUCGCUACGCCCAUGGAAUGGGUCUGGGACCUCAUCAAGGACAAGUUCCCGGACGCCAAUCUCUAUUUCGACGACCUCGAGGGCUUCUUCGCUGACGUGGUUUAG